AUUUUGUUUGCUAUAGAAUAUAGAUAUUUACGAUUUAGACCACUUGAAUUUAUAAGUGUCGCCGCUCUAGUGUCGGUUGCGUGUACUUUUAGCGUUCGAUUCACAUUACAUGUCACAUCACAGCCCUAAUUCACACACACAGACACAUACACACACGCAUACCCAUAUGUAUGCAAUAAUAAAUCUUGUUAGUAAUGCGCCCUAUGGUAGCGAUCGUAUAAAGUUGUAAUAUAUAUGAUGUAAAUACGUAUGUCACAUCAUUAUGAAAACUUCGGAAUUCCACCACCCUGUCUAUCAAUGCAAAACCAUUGGCGCUACUGUCAAUGUACACGAAUGAGACGUCGGCGGCUGCUGCUGAUGAGAUCUGUGAAUCGUGGCUGGCGGCUAGUAGCUUGUAGUGACAACAACGAAGAGUGCAGAAGUCGCGUGCGCUGUACAUACAUACUAUUAAAGAAAUGUAGUGGUUUACUUGUCGUGUUGCUUGUCCUUUAAGCAGUUCCCGUGUAGUUUUUAGAAUACCCUAAGGUAUUCCAAAACCCGCGGUAGUUUUUUUUUGUUUCGUUUGGUUCAGCCUCUCUCACUUAUUGUCACAUAUCCACCUCCUGAAGCCAAAGAUAUCUAUACUUUCUGACAGACAUAAUGGGUGUCUUUUUCAGUGAGGCUGCCUGAACACUCGGCGCACGCGGCGCGCCGGCAAGCUUCACAGGCGGACGCAUAAAUGCUCUCUUAUUAUGCUGGCAGUGACUUAAGCCAAGAGUGGAAGAAAGAUGAUGGACGGUUCGUCGUACGAGCAGUUCAACUUGGCCGUUAAGAGCAUCCUGCCGAUGCAUCGGCUCAAGCAAGUGCAAUGGAUGAACCAGCCGACGAAAGAGGCCUACGUGCCCACGUACGUGGAGCACGUGGCCAACGUGAUAACCCACGGUGUUUGGAUAGUGCCGGCGCUGCUCGCCGCUCUCGAGCUCGUCGUCAGAGCGUCCACUUGGCCAAAAUUGCUAUCGGCCCUCAUCUACGGCAGCUCCCUGCUCCUCCUGUUCACCGUCUCGACCGUCUUCCACAGCAUUCAUUAUUACUUUCACAAGGGGAAAUUCAUGAGCUUGAAAGACGUGCUGCACCGUUGCGACCGAGCGAUGAUUUACGUAUUCAUCGCAGCCACGUACUUUCCUUGGCUGAACCACGAGCCGUUCCAAGGUGACGUGCUGCUGCCGACGAUGCGCAUUCUCGUCUGGAUCAUGGCCGCGGUUGGGAUACUCUACCAACAGAUCUUUCACGAGCGUUACAAGUGGCUGGAGACUGUAUUUUACCUCAUCAUGGGCAUCGGGCCAAGCUUCGCUGUCAUCGGCAUUAGUGAGUACAACGACAUACCAGAAUUGAAGUUAGGUGGAUUAGCCUACCUUCUAGGUAUAGUAUUUUUCAAAUCAGACGGCCGUAUCCCGUUCGCCCACGCGAUUUGGCAUUUGUUCGUGGUGAUAGGAGCGGGCUUCCACUAUCACGCGAUACGCCAACAUCUUUACCCGGAUGAGCUCGCUGUAGACUCGAAACUCUACUCGCAUGCCGAACUCUAGGGAAUUGCCAUUAUGUAUGCCAAAGACGCCAGCUGCUUUCAGGCUGCGCCUCCUCGAGCCACGGAAAUUGCAAAUUCCCCCUCCCCCUCCUCCCUCCCUCCCUCCCUCCCUCCCUCCCUCCCUCCCUCUCUUCGCCACCCACCCAUUCUUCAAGACUGAUGGGCUCUGAAUCUAGUGUCUUCGGGAUCAAAGUGAUAUUUUUUUUUAAGUUUUGUGCUUCCCUUUAAUUAGCUCCUCUUUUGCUUUCAAAACAUGUGAGUAGUUGAUACUAUAGAAUGCAUUUGAGUAGUCGAUUGAUAAAUGUCGCUGAAGGGAUCAUGAGACAUUCACAUGUGUCAUUUAUCAAUUCAAUACAAAUUUACGGAAUAUACGAAACGCUACGGUUGUUUCCUCUCCGUGAUUAGUGGGAAAUUUGCAAUUUCCCAUUGUAAUUUCUAGAGCCAAGUUCGAAUAUUAAGCUGCGCAGAUCAAACAACAAAUAAAAAAAUAUACUCUAGCAAGAAACCAUGUAGACGACCCGUAUUGUACAAAAUUUUUCUUCCGUUGAUGUGGUCUGUUUUACUACUUUUAUAAAGUCAACGAUCGAGCCGACUAAACAUAUUGCUCCACGGAAUUGUUCGAAUCAUUCCAGAAUGUACUUGAGAGAUGAUAUGUGAUCUAAUAAUGGAAUGUUUACUCACUUGGCUCGUAUGAAAUGUUUCAUCUUGCGACAUACGAAUACUAAAAUCAAAAUCAAUCAUGGGAUGUUAGCUAGCUGAACUGUCAUUUGAAAUCAAUAGAAGGAGCAACAUUUUUCUAAAACCUCUAGGUUGAAGCAUAGUUAUAUAUAAAUAAAUUGACGUAAUAUUGGUACAAAUUAAGAUGAAAUUCAAAGAGAGAUCAUAAUUUAGUUAGAAUGCAGCUUUUGAUGAAAUAUUUAUUAUUUGUUCUGUGUACAAAGAAUAUUUGUAAGAUUGGAUUUUGGAAUAUUACUUUUUACGGAAGAAAUUUAUUGAUCUUUUAUUGUAAAUUCUCGAUAGGUAGGAAUAUUAACUAGACCACUUGAGAGUGAAACCAAUAUAGAAAAAUGCGAAUGCAAGCUAUUUCUAAAAAAAGCUAUUGAAUCGUUAAAAAUGUAGAACAAAUAUCUUUAUAAAUUCAUAUUAACAAAAAUAUGAUUCUUAUAUCCAUGUCAUUCGAAGAAGUAACUUUCAUCCUCAAGUAAAUAUUAUUCAAAAUACUCUUAAAUCUAAUAAAAUUUAUGGAAUUGAUUGCAAGCAUAUAAAAAAUCUUGCGAUAGAGGUAGUUAGAUUAGUACUAGUUCUACAUCUCAAUUAUUCUUUCAUCGAUGUUUUCGUAAAAAUUUAAUGGUUGUAAAUGAAGAUUUGCAUUUUGGUAUAGUAACAUUAAUAGCAAAUAUUAGUUUUAUUCGUUCGAAAAGAUGCAUUUUUAAAUAGAUAUUGUAUUGGUGUGACGAUUAUAAUUUAUGUUAUAAAAAACGAGACAUUAUCAUGAGGACUUGAGUGACAUUUCGAGAAAUUAAAUGUUGUCGUUUUUCGUAACAUCAAAAAUUGUGCAAUCUAUGGCACUAAUUGCAUUAUCACAUUCAUUAUAAAAUAUAAUGUUGCAGAAAAAUAUAUAAAAGCGUUAAAUUAGAAAUUAUUUUUAAGUUUUAUUAAUAAAAAUGAAGUUAUCUUCAGUCACACCUACGCAAUUUUUAUUUAAAUCGAAUACUUACUUAUUUUUGUAUAUUAUUCAUGAACGGUUCAGAGUACUGAGGACAAGUACUGAAAAUACGACUUUAGAAUUGUUAUUUGAAAAGAUACAAAGGAACACAAGUCCGUACUGAAAAUGCAAAUUAAAUAAAAAUACAGUUUGUAGUAUACUUAGAAACGGACUAAAAGAUCGAUGAGCAAUAGUACAAGAAUAAUAGAUAAAAAGGCGAUCAUAUGAAAAAUAUUCAACCUAUAUUUUGAUGAAAAGUUUUGAUGGUGAACACAAUACUCUUAUUUCAUACUGUCGCGUUUUCUUCGAAAUACGCGUUUAAGUUCAUAGAAUUAUUUAUAAUUAAUAUAAGUAUUUUGUCUUAUUCAGUUAUGAGAAUACUUAUGUAUAGGAAUUUUGACGUAAUGAUAAAUUAGGAAUAAUUGAUCUAUUUAUUUGAUAAUUAAUUCGAGUUUCGCAAAAUAAUUGUGUGCGAAAAAGUAAAUAAACUUUAUAUCAAAAUUAAAUUAUUUAUAAAAUAUGUGAUAUAGUUUACGAUGUACGUCUAUUUUUUUUUUGAAAUCACUUAUUGAAAAGAAAAGUAACGACUUUAAUAUGAUCAUGCAUUUUUAAAUUGAUUUUGUAACUACCACAGGAACCUAUAAAAGGUACUGAAAUUGAUGAAAAUAAAGACAAAGCUACGGUUGUUAUUACUUUAUUACCUUUAAUAAAUUCACAACCCAUGAUUUUGUCACAAUAUCUACUUUAUGUUACACAAUAUAAAAACUGUCUUAUUCGUUAAUUUUUAGGAUGAUUUUCUACUAACUACAAUAGUAAUUUAUUGCACUGAUGCUUAAGAAAUAUCGGAAGUAAUUCAAUAAACAUUCAUAUCAAACAUACAUAUUUUACGAAC